GCAUUGUCAAGGGUCUCGGGCUCUGGGGCGUCUGGGCCGCCAUGACGAUCGCGGUGGGCUUCAAGUUUGUCGUCAUGUGCGUCCGGUUCCUCCGCGUUGAUUGGCAGAAAAUGGUCGACCAAGCCAUGUUGGUGGCCGAAGCAGGCGAGCCAAAGCUCUCGGGCACCGAGACGGACGACCCUAUGGUCCUCGAGGCGCACGGCAGAGACGCGAUGUACACCACGGCGCCGUCGCCAGCUAUCAACGAGGCACCGCAUCACACGACGGUGAUUUAGUUCUACGGUGUUUGCGUCCCUAAGAACUCAUUUGUAUAAU